UGAUUACUGUGCAGUCAGGGAACUCGGUAAUAGAGCAAUCAGAGAGAGAGAGAGAGAGAGAGAGAGAGAGAGGGGGUUCUGUAACCUCGGCACAGUUCGUUCAUUCUCGUACAGCGUGUUCACUCCUCCUCUGUCUCUCCUCUUCAGGUUUCGGAUGUGACAGGUGAUUCGGCUUGUCUGUCUGGCUGUGUGUAGGUCUGGUCGGGCUCAAAGCAGCGGAUGUUCUGGGGCAAGGCUUUCACUCCCACCGCGGUGAGGCUGGACUGAUAACACUCACCAUGGCGCAGGAACCGGAGGGGAACAACCGGCUCUUGCAGGACGUGCUGACGAGACCGGGCAACGAAACGUGCGCGGACUGCGGCAAUCCAGAGCCGGACUGGGCGUCGCUGACUUUAGGUGUGUUUGUUUGCCAGGCCUGCUCACUCCUGCAUCGGAGCAUUCCCCACAUCAGCCGGGUCAAGUCCAUCCAGGAAACAUGGGAGGCAAGUGAUGUGGAGCUGGUGGCUGCUCUCGGAAACACAGCAGCCAAGGCCAAAUAUGAGCAGAAAGUCCCCGCUUUCUACUACAGACCAACACACACAGACUGCAAGCUGCUGAGAGAGCAGUGGAUCAGAGCCAAGUACGAGAGAAAUGAGUUUGAGUUUAUCGAGAAACAGGAGCCUUACUCUUCAGGGUACAGAGAGGGGUUUCUAUGGAAACGAGGAAGAGACAACGGUCAGUUUCUCAGCAGAAAGUUCAUCUUGUCUGAGAGAGAGGGAGCACUAAAAUACUUCAACAAGCAGGAUGCAAGGGAUCCUAAAGCAGUGAUGAAAAUUGAGACCCUCAAUGCCACUUUCCAACCAGCCAAGAUCGGCAACCCCUGUGGUCUGCAAAUCACCUACCUGAAAGAUAACAGCACAAGGAACAUCUUCGUCUACCACAGCGAUGCUAAGGAAAUGGUGGACUGGUUCAAUUCUAUCAGAGCAGCCAGGUUCCACUACCUACAGGUAGCCUUCCCUGGAGCGAGUGAUGAGGAGCUGGUGCCCAAACUGACCCGGAACUUCAUGAGGGAAGGCUUCAUGGAGAAAACAGGUCCAAAGCACACGGAGGGCUUCAAGAAGAGGUGGUUCACUAUGGAUGACAGGAGGCUCAUGUACUUUAAAGACCCUCUGGACGCCUAUGCCCGUGGCGAGGUGUUCAUCGGCAGUAAGGAGAACAGCUACACCGUCCAGUCCGGCUUGCCCCCGUCUACACAGGGCUGCCACUGGAACCACGGCAUCACCAUCGUCACGCCGGACAGGAAGUUCCUGUUUGCCUGCGAGACAGAGGCUGAGCAACGGGAUUGGAUUGCAGCCUUUCAGCGAGUCAUAAAUCGCCCAAUGAGGCCACAGGAAUAUGCAGUGGAGGCCCAUUUUAAACACAAGCCUUGAAGCCUUCAGGAGGCCACAACUCAGCUGGUCCCGGCCCAGUCUCAUCAGAUCAGAGCUGAUCCUAAUGUGUGACCACGGACCAAUGCGGGAGGCGGUGGGGUUAGUGUACAGGAGGAGCGAGGAGGAGUAAAGAUAAAGAAGAAAAAAGAAGAUAAAAAACACAUCUGGACUCACGUCUAUCUGUGUGUUCAAAACUUGAAGUCUAAUGGGACUGUUGGUCAGUCAUGGGACAAAACAAAGAUUAGAGGCCAAAAGGACCGAUGAUGUCAUCACUACUGCGCCUAAACAACCUUGUGCUAUACAUUAACCAUCCUUCCUUUUCUCCUCUACCGUAUUGUCAUGUCUUUCCUCGCAACCCCUCCCCCCCCUGUACCUACCUGAAACUGCUACCUGUAAUCUAAUGUAAGUAUGUAAUUUAGAGUCAUUUCACUGGUUGCUGAACAAGACAAUGCAAUGUUAAUUUAUUGAAUGUACAGUUUGGAUGACAGUGGCUUUCAGAGUGUGUGGAGUAGUGACAUUUUUUGUGUUCAGGACGCUGACCCUCUGGCACUGAAACCCUGUUAAACCUGAACCUUACAAAGUGCUGUUAACAACAAAUAUGCAUAAAAAACAGAUCCACUCUCAGUGAUCACCGUCGCUGUUAAUGUAGCCGGAGGUGGCUGAUCUGCAUCCAGACAGGGUCUUUUUAAAACCUCCGUCGGAACAGCUGUUCUCUUAUUUAUUUGUACUGUUGAACAUACUGAGUCGUUGUGGACAGUUAUCGCUGCUUUAAAGGAUUGUAAUGUGACAGGAUUGUAAGUUGUGAAACACUUCUACAGCUGAUUUUCUUUUUUUUUGUUUUGCAUCUGGUUUCAAAGGCACAUCGUUGUGUUGACCCUUAUACUGCAGUGAUGUUUCAUUAUAAAAACUUGUCAUGACUUAACAUGAAUACAGAUGAACUUGAAAACCUGUGUCAUUGUUUGC